AUGUCUACCAAACGCAUCACAAAGGAAUUCGCCGAAGUCUCCCAAACGCCCCCCGAAGGCUUCACCGUCUCACUCCCCCCCAACGCCUCCGUCCACACCUGGCACAUCACCCUCCAGCCGCCCCCCCAAUCCGCCUUUUUCCCAGGCCGUUUCGGCAUCCUCCUCACCCUGCCCACCGACUACCCCUUCAAGCCCCCCGUCGUCAAGUUCGUCACCCGCCUCUACCACCCAAACGUCACAAACGACUCCCUCGGCAACGUCUGCCUCGGCAUUCUCAAGCCCGAGAACUGGAAGCCCAGCACCAAAAUCGUCUCCGUGCUCGAGGCCGUGCGGAACCUGCUCGUCGAGCCCCAGCCCGACGACCCGCUCGAGGAGCGCAUCGCCGACGAGUAUCGCAACGAUAGGCCCACGUGGGAGCAGAAGGCCAAGGCUCAGGUCACUAAGUAUGCGCUUGAGGACCCGGUCUUUCCGGCAACGGCGAAUUAG